UCUGGAUUUGACAGACAGGAAACACUCUCAGCUUUGCUUUAUCUUAGUGAAUAGUCACGAUCCCGAGUAACCUGAUCCUUGAGCAAAUGUGCUUAAAAUAAUCAUGGCCAGAUUUUACGAAUCGGAGGUAUCGCCUACUUUCCAAAUUCAUUGCCAAAACAGCACUGCGAGAAAAGGGAGAACCUGCAGGGGAGGACACCGAUGUGUCUGGCCAACUUUAACCGUUUUAGGCUUGCUCCCGUUGGGUGUGGUGUUAUUGAUUUAUUUUCACUUCCAAUCUGGAGUUCAACAAUCUGCCAAUCCGUAUUUUGGACCAGAGACAAAGUUGAGGUUUACACCCGUAAAUGGAGAAAGUGCGAUCAUCUUGGCCAAGAAUGCCGCCGAUGGCGGAAACCUGAGCAUUCGAUAUAUCGAUCCAUCUAGCAAAUGCUCCACUAUUCUUCGGUCUUUUCUCAUUCCACGAGAGUCUCAAGCGGUGUAUGGCGUCACAGAUGAUGGCUAUAUGAUGGCUUGCUGGACUAAUCGAUCAAGUUCGAGGUGUAGUCAUUACAAUCCCUAUCAUAAGAAAUGGAACCCAAUUUUGACCGACCAAUUGUGGAAGGCAAAUCAACAAAGUGCCAGAGAAGCUCAACCAAAUCGUCCCCAACAAUUUGGACUGAAUGUCAACAUUGGAGGCGUGGUGGUGAACGCAAAUCGUUUGGUUCUUCAAGGAUCCAAUGGAAAGAUCCAAAUGCUCCAAUGGGAACGCCCCCAAAAUCGGACCUUCCUCGAAACUGCCAGCAAGUCACUUCAAUUUCCCGAUGGAACUUGUUUAAUAUCUGUCGAUUCCAAGCACAUCAUUGCAGUUGGAGGACUCCAUAAAAGGCCAAUGAAGACCACGGCUCAUUUUCUGGUUGACAAGAACCAAAUCUUCAAAGGUUUUCCAAUGCCCAAAUUAAACCAUGGUAGGAGCCUCCAUGGUUGCACCAAGGUGUCUCUGAUGAAUCAAACGUGGCUGAUUGCCGUAUCUGGAACGGGCAAUCGUGGACGAGACAGAAACGACGUCGAGAUGCUGCCGUGGAAACCCAAGGGUUACAACCACCAAGAUCGAUGGGUCAAAUUGAAGGCUGAACUUCAGUUUCCAAGAUCUCAGAAGCCAGUGGUGGGACUUAUCGGGAAUCGGUUGUUUGUGGCUGGAGGCUGCUCAAAAACAGAUGGGAGCUUCGUUGAGGUCUUUGACUACGAUUCCCAAAAGUGGACUAACUUCUCAAUCCGAAUCGACCCAUCGAAAAUGCAAGCCCUUCAAGUCAAUCCAAGCAGAUGCCAGAAAGGCAAGGGAGCAGAAAAAAACAAAGUUGUGUUUCCUAUCUAAAGGGCGUUUUGCUGCAAUGCUCGACAUCGUAACUUAGAGAUAAUAUAAAAUAAUAAAACGAAAGGUUAAAAGGA